AUGCAGCCGCACCAGGGCAGAGCUGUCCCCGGGGUUCGGGCUGUGCCAAACCCGGCGGGGCUCGGCCACCGCAAGGAUGACCCCGGCAGGCACGUCCGGCCCGUGCCGCUGCCUCCCGUGCAGCAAAACUUGAAUUAUUACCCCCAGAUCUUUUGGGUGGACGGCUGUGCUGACGCGGGAGCUUCCUGCCCCCCUGUUCCUCCCGUGGCUCCUCUCCCGCCGCCGGUUCCCGACCGGAGCAGAAAGCCACGGAGCCCCAGGGAAAGGAGGAGCGUGGGAACCCUCGUGAUGUUCCUGCUGAUCCUGGUGGCCUUCACUGGAGUGGGGCUGAGCAUAUUUAAGAUUUUUCACCUGGAGAAGGAGGUGGAUGAGCUCAGAGAGUCUGCCAUUGCUGAGCACAUCCCUCCAGCCUCUCAGAAACUCACAGGGCAGAAGGAGCAGCCCCCGAGAAAGGAGGUGAGGAAGGCAGCACAUCUAACAGGCAACCCAGCCCAGCAGGACCUCCCUCUGGAGUGGGAGCCCAUCUCUGGCCAUGCCUACACCAGUGGCAUCCAGUACCACAACCGAGGGCUGCUCAUCAGCGAGCCAGGGCUGUACUUUGUGUACUCCAAGGUGCUGUUCCGUGGCAGUGCCUGUGACAGCCAGCUCCAGCUGCUGUCCCACGUCGUGUACAAGAGGAACCCGGCGUCCCCCGGCAGCCUGGUGCUCAUGGAGGACAGAGCCACCCACUUCUGCACGGGGAAGAGGGUGUGGGCCAGGAACAGCUACCUGGGGGCUCUCUUCAAGCUCAGGAAGAUGGACAGCCUGCAUGUCAAUGUCUCCAAAAUCUCCCUGGUUAGCUUUGAGGAAUCCAAGACUUUCUUUGGCUUGUUUAAGCUUUGA